CCCUGACGGAAUAGACGAUCUCAAUGCCAUUGAUAUUAGAUGGCUUCAGCUCUGGAAGGCUGUCCAGUGGGGCAUCAGGACGAGGAAGAUACGGGAGCUGAGAUGAACCUUGGUCUCUACUUAGACCACCUUGGGAAGGUUGCUCCGGGUGCGGAGCGCUGAAGAGCCGAGGGCUCCCGGGAGAAGUACCAUGCGGGUCACCCCCGUCGGGCUCAAGGUUGGGGCACUGAAACGAAAUGGAUGAUUUGGACCUGCUCUCUCUCCUGGAGUGCCCCGUGUGCUUGGAGAAGCUAGACGUCACCGCCAAAGUCCUGCCGUGCCAGCACACUUUCUGCCAGCCUUGCCUUCAGAGGAUAUUCAAAGCCCGGAAGGAGCUGAGGUGCCCGGAAUGCCGGACCCUCGUCUUCUGCAGCAUCGAGGAGCUCCCGGCCAACCUGCUCUUGGUCCGCCUGUUGGACGGGGUUCGGUCGGGACGGGGCACGGGACGGGUGGGCUCCUUCCGGAGGCCCAGGGCGCUGACCUCGCAGGACGGCGGCCGGAGAGGCGGAGCCGCUGACCCCAGGGCGGGACAGCCCAGCCCUUUCAGACUGGUCUCCAACUCCAGAGCCCACAUGGAAGGGGUGCCCCGUGCCAAAGCUCUCUGCAACUAUCGAGGGCAGCACCCCAGUGACCUGCGGUUCAACAAGGGCGACAUCAUCAUCCUGAGACGGCAACUGGACGAGAAUUGGUACGAAGGCGAGGUCAACGGGACCGGGGGGACUUUUCCAGCCAGCUCCGUCCAGAUCAUCAAGCAACUGCCCCAGCCUCCCCCUCUCUGCCGAGCGCUUUACAACUUCGAUCUGAGGGAGCGGGGCAAAGCCGAGAGUGAGGGCUGCCUGACGUUUCUCAAGGAUGAUAUCAUCACGGUGAUCAGUCGAGUUGAUGAGAACUGGGCCGAGGGCAAGCUCGGGGAUAAAGUGGGCAUCUUCCCCAUCCUGUUUGUGGAGCCAAACUUUACUGCAAGACACCUGCUGGAGAAAGGCAAAAGCCCCCAAGCUUUCCACACAAAGAGCAUGUCCCUACGGCAUUCUUCUCCCAGAGCCAAAGUCGUGGAAUCGCCAACUUUCUGUGGCAUUGUGGAGCCAAGGAGGAAGAGCCCCAGGCAAUUCUCCAUCACCACAGCCUUAAACACCCUCAACAGGAUGGUCCAUUCGCCCCCGGGACGCCACUCUGUGGAAAUCAGUUCGCCUGUGCUCAUCAGUUCCAGUAACCCAUCUGUGACAGCCCAAAAUGGAGACAGGGUGGACUUCACAAAUAGUCUUCCGGGUCAGGUCGGCACUACAUACUACUCCACCUCCGGACCCCUGGGACCCUCUUCAGCAAUUGUCACCCUCCCCUAUUCCCAGCAACACAUAUCGGCUAACAUGUACGUGGCCCUGCACUCCUUCUCGGCCCAUGGCCCGGAUGAGCUGGAUCUGCAGAAAGGAGAAGGGAUCCGUGUUCUAGGAAAGUACCAUGAGGGCUGGCUCAAGGGUGUGUCCUUGGUCACUGGGAGAAUCGGGAUCUUCCCUCAAAACUACGUCGUCCCUCUUUUCAGGAAGACGUCUAGCUUUUCCGAUUCCAGAACGCCCACCCUCUAUGCCACCUGGACAUUAUCUGCCUCGUCAGCUUCAUCCCAGGGCAGCAUCUCGGACGGUGGCCCCAGGCAGAGCAGGGCCCCAAAGUCCAUCUUGGUGCCCACCGCUGUGGUGACACCGGUGAGAAGCAUGACGGGGCCCAGAACGCCAACACAGAUGUCCUUAAGGAGAGGGCGCAGCAGCAUGAGGAAGACCGAGUCGCUGCCAAGAUCCACCCAGCCCUCCAUGUCUGUGAGCCAAGUGUCCGGCUCCCUGCGACGCCAGCCCACGGUGCUCGUGAGGCCCCAGCAGUGCCAGCCGUACCAGCCGCACCCGUCCUCGCCGGGCCCCUGCCUCUCGAUGGCCGAGGCCGGCCCCAGGCUGGCACUACCCGGCGAGCUGGUGGCCGGGCUCCUGGCCAGAGGCCCCGAGAGCCGGACCCACUCCGCUGCCAAUUCGCUGAUCCUGGAAGCCAGAGGGUCUCCGGUCAAGAGCGAGCCCCCCACAAAGCCCCCUGCCUCGGCGCCGCCCUCCAUCCUGGUGAAACCGGACAACUCCAGAAACAGCAGCGAGAAGCAGGUGAAAACGGUGAGAUUCCAGAACUACAGCCCUCCACCCCCGAAACAGUCCAGCUCCCUCAGCAAGCUGGACCUGCCCGCCUCCCCCGAGGCCUCCCAGCAAGAGCCCGGCCUGUCAACCCCAGAGAUGACCACUCUGUUUGUUCACCGAGGGGGCACCCACUACGGCCAGCACACGGAGCCCAGGAGGAAACCCACGUACGCGAAGGCAGCGGCCCUCACCCUCCCCACCCCGGUCAUCCAGCCCAUCUUCCCCGGCAAAUAAAUCCGCCCCCGCUUUCGGAAGCCAAAAAAGGGUAUCUGCCUUCUUCCAAUGGCGGACUAGUGAAUGGCAAGAAGCCCGAGAAGAAAAGCGCUCAGCUGGAGUGGAUAGUGGCCAGAGGAGACAGCAGGCGGGACAAGGGACCUUGCGAUGCUGCAGGAUGGCAAGAGAUGAUGGUGAAUCCAGGGGAGCAGAUUAUUAAUAAUAAUAAUAAUAGAGAUUCUAGAGGAGAUUCGGUGUUCCACAGAAGUGGGAACCACAAGGAAGAGGUCCCGUUUUGACGCCCACCAGCUCCACUUCUGAUGCCAAACCAACAUCCCUGCGUUUGCUCUUCCUGCACUCUGCCAUUGAGGAAGGGGUUGAGGCUCAACCCAUCCCCCCAGCUCAGAUUAAGAACUAUCCAAGAACCACCCUAAUGCUCCAUUUCGGGAAUUUGAGUCUGACACAAAGAGACGAAGGUCAUUUUUAUCCUGCCAACUCAUCAGCCUGUCCUUCCUUCCAGAAACAACAUGGGAGACUUUCAGGGACCCGGGCUGGCUCUGCCAACUGUCCCUCGUCGUUGGAAUGCCCCCCCUGUUUUACCCCUCAGGGUGACCACAUUCCAGGUCUGUGCCGCCUCCCCACCAUGGACGCCCCAGGCCCUGUUCCUUAGCCACACGCCCUUUCACUCUACAGCCCUCCAUCCCACUUCCCUAUCCUCCCUUUCCAUCCGGCCCCACUCGCGGGUCCAGUCUCCCUCUCCCCUGAUCUCCCAGGCCUCGGAGGUCUCCCACUUUGGAGAACUGGAGGCUGCGGGCCUUGGGGGAGGAGGUCCGCCCAACACCAUGGGAAAUCCUGCCAGUUGAGAUUCAGAGGGCGAGAGCAGGCAUGGUCACAAGGAGAGAACGUAACCUGGAAGCGAGCCCUGGGACCGAUGGUUGAAAUUGGGGCAAAAGAGGAGAGACCCAGCAGGGAGGCGUAGCCCUCAUUCCAGUCAUUACUCCUACUCUGAUCUUCCCUCCACAGAAUCAUCUCAAAGGAUGAGUGGAUUUUCACCCAAAUCUCCUUAGCUUGACGUCCCCUUCCAGUGGAGGCUAGAAAGCAGGAAACACUUGAAGAGAGGAGGAGGAGGAAAAGGAAAAGGAGGAGGAGAAGGAGUAAAAAGAGGAAGAGAAAGCGGUCUGUGACUCUCCAGGAGUGAUCAGUCACUGAAUAAUUCAGAGUUUGAGGUUCCCCCUGGGUAAUGGUGAAAACAUCAUUUAGCUCCUUUUCCCUCAGGUGUUUGGCAGCCUCUCACCGCAGUUGAGGAGCCCUGCCAAUCAGUGUCCGGCUGGACAGUGUAAAGGCAGCCCGGGGAGGGGCAGAGGGCUCGUAUUCCAGAUCCCAAGUAGUCAGCGGCAGCACCUGGAAGGAAGGCUAAGGCGUCUGGGACCCAGAGCCACCUGGCCAUUCCUUACACGACGGUGCCAUUUCCCAGCUCAACCACAGGGCUGUGGGGAGGAAUGCUUGAAAGCGUUGUUUCCUCUCACAGAUGUGGUACUGUGAGUUUUCUUGGCUCUGCUGGGGAAAAAAAAAAUGGUUUCACAGGUUCUAUUCUCGCUCCCCAAAAAUUUAAUUUAAAAAAAUACUGAAAAUAACAAAACACCAAGUCUAUCUGGUCCUCCAGCAGUCCGGCAAAUAGAUACACCGCGGGCUGUCUCCUCGGCCCCCCGGCAUCCUCUUCCCAACUUCCACCCAGGAGAGUGGUCAGUGGGUCCAGGGCUGGGGCUGGAGUUCAGCCAAAGGCAGCUGAGAUGUCCAGGGCAAACAGCUUGCGUCUCUGUGUUUCAGAGAGCUGGGCUUGAUUCCUCUUUUUCUAGUACUGCUUUCAAGGAGGGCCAACAAAAGGAAAAGAGAAAGAGGAAAGGAAAAAAAUAUCUCCUCACAGACGAUUAGUUUGGGCCCAACCAGUAGCAACAUAACUCAGCAACAUCCAAAAUUUAGUAGUAACUGGACCUCUGCUCUACUCUGGACUUGUAAGAAGCCUUGGGUUUUUGAGUAAGCAGAGCAGACAGCAAGUUAACAUGUAUAUGUGUAAUGUUUGUAAAAAGGGGGUCAUGGAUCACAUUGUGGAUUCAUGUGUAAAUACUAAGAUUUGGAAUAAAAAAGAGACUUUCGGAGGGAAGGUGUUAUGACACAAAUGCAGUGGACAGUUUGAAAACACUCACCCAAAUAUCCUUUCGUACCUUAGCUGUUCAAAAGAGAUUGCUAGUCUCUCAAGACCGUGAUAGAGGAUCUCAUUUAUCAGGGCUCUCAACUUUGGGCAUUGGACCCUUAGUGGAUUGAACAAAUGUCAUGCUUUUACGGGUCUUCAGUGGAUCUUCACUUGGACACAGACAACUAUAAAACAGACCCUCCGGUUGCUUUAAAAACAGCUAAAUUGUAUAUCUAUCUCUAUACAGCUAGACAAAUAGCUUUAUAUAGACAGAGGAAGAGAAUGAGUGAGAGAAAUUUUGCGACAUAUCCCAGUUUGAACUUGUCAUGUCCCGAUUUGCCUGCUGCAUCAGCCUCUUCGUUGAGCUCCCUCUCUCCAGGCUGUCCCCUCUCCAGUCCAUACCUCACUCUGGUGCCUAGAUCAUUUUUCUAAAAUGUCAUUCUGCACACAUCUCCCCAUUUCUCAAAACCCUCCAGUGGCUAUCCGUUCCUCUUGCAUCUAACCACGGCUUUUAAAGCACUGAUCACCCCUCUUCCUGCUACUUAGCUCCUCUCUUCUCCCACAACCCCCCAGCUCACACUGUUCCUCGGAAGAAAUGCUUCUUACUGUGCCUCCUUCCCACCCAUCCUACUGGCGAUCUCUAGCUCCCGUCCUGAUUUUUAGAUUGGCUGGGACUCCCUCUUCACCUCCAAAUCUGACAGAUCACAGCUCUCCCCAUCUUCAAAACCAAUCUGAAAACCACAUCUUCUCUAGAAGGAGGCCUUCCUCAAAUCUCCCCACCUUUAUUUCCUGCAACUUCCACUUCCGACUCUGUGCCACCAACUCACCUAAAUAGAAGCAGUGUGGCCUAGUGGAAAGAGCAGAGUUUGGGGAGUCAGAGGACCUGGGUUCCAAU